UCGCAUGCCUCGCACAAUUCGCGUGGCACUUUUGCUCGUUUCGACGAGCCGAUAAAAUGCGAGACCGUGCCGCGUGAUUCAACAUAUCGUGCGACCCGUCCGCCUUGUACGCGCGUUUUCAGCGAACAACGUCUCGAAGAGCUUGACGUUGAGCUUGCGAUUUUUCACAUGCGGUCACCGCUUAUUGCAGAACGACGCACGCAGCCAACUCGGAAUUUUUGACCAAGUGCAACGAGCGCGCUCCAAUCAGCACGAGACGUGCGGCGCUGUGCGCGCAGGCGUAGGGAUACAGGAUCUCGCGAGGAGAGAGAGAGAGAGAGGAGCCUCCCUUCCCGUUUGUCUGUGAGCUAGCCGCGCGACCCUUUCGACUGGACACUGCGCCGCUAUCCAGUUCAAUCGAGAUACUACGGAAAAGUGUCGGUUAAAGUGCUCGUUCACGUGACUCUGCUUACCGGCUUCCUACGAGAAAUGGCAUCCGGAGUGACAGUCGCGGACGUUUGCAAGACAACAUACGAGGAGAUAAAGAAAGACAAGAAGCACCGAUACGUGAUCUUUUAUAUCAAAGAUGAAAGGCAGAUAGAUGUCGAAGUCAUCGGACCUCGCGAUGCGGCUUAUGACGCCUUCCUUGAGGAUUUGCAGAAGGGCGGUAGCGGGGAGUGUCGCUAUGGCCUGUUCGACUUUGAAUAUACUCAUCAGUGUCAGGGUACUUCCGAGGCAUCCAAGAAACAGAAACUAUUCUUAAUGUCGUGGUGUCCUGACACGGCCAAAGUUAAGAAGAAGAUGUUGUACUCGAGUUCUUUCGACGCUCUGAAAAAGUCGCUGGUCGGCGUACAAAAGUACAUACAGGCGACGGAUCUCUCGGAGGCUUCUGAGGAGGCUGUCGAGGAGAAGCUUCGAGCCACUGACAGGAAUUAGGAGUAUUCCAGCGAAUCCAAACUACUAUUACGAGAUAAGAAAAAAAACAAUUGAAAUACAAUACGCGGAUUAACUUCUCAGACAAAAAGUAAUGCUCUAUACUGUCGUUACAUCAAGGGUUCACGUUUUUACACAUUUUUCACUUUUAAACGAGACCGAUUAUCAAGUAUUUUGCGCUAUAUAUGUUAGUAAUCAGGAGAGCGUAAGCAUUAGCAAAAGUGAAUAGGAAUAAAGAGAAAGAAAAAAAAGAAUAACAAAGAGAGAUGGACUUUCCUUUUCAUACCGCAGACGUUAUGUGAGAGAAUCUGUCUGAUAUAUUAUAAUUAUAUAAGGUAAUUGUACACACAUACGUAUACACACACACACACACACACACACACACACACACACACACACACACACACACAAGAAUACAAAAUAAUUUACUACCAGUCAAACAGUAAAAAUGGAAUUAUAUUUCUUCUCACAGACUGUACAAUGUUUAAAAAUUAAAUUCAUUUCAUUAUAAAUAAAAUUUCACAGUCCUAUCAGAGUGAAACCUUUUCCUGAUUUUUAUAUACUUAUUGCGACUUGUUUGUGGACGAAAAUUCGAUUGAGAAAUAUGUGGUAAAAUCGUAUUUGAAAAACUUGUGUUAUCGGUAAUUCAGGUUUCAGUCGUUUUACGAGACAAAGCUGGAAUAAAAUGCCACAUAAAGUCUGUCUGGCUGAUAAUACUGUUUUCUAAUAGUAAAAAAAAAA